AUGGGUUUGUGUUAAGUUCGUGAGUAUAGUUGAAAGAUUCAAUUCAAUUUCAAUGGAGCCUCCACAGGGAUUUCGAGCUACGUUGUUCCAAUUCUUACUCUUCCUUCCUUAUUUCAUUGGAUUGCUAUUUCUGGGUUUCAUCAAAGGUAUCGUUUUGUGCCCACUCGUAUGUCUCGUUGUGACUAUAGGCAACUCCGCGGUCAUACUGAGUCUUCUACCCGUUCACAUCGUUUGGACUUUCUAUUCAAUCGUGAGUGCCAAACAAGUAGGACCAAUCUUGAAGAUUUUUCUAUGCUUAUGUCUUCCUGCUGUCAUCAUUCUCUGGCCUAUUGUUGGUAUUUUAGGGAGUGUUUUGGGAGGAGUUUUAUAUGGUUUUCUCUCCCCAAUUUUCGCCACUUUUGAUGCUGUUGGUGAAGGCAAGCCUUACCAGUUUUUCCAUUGCUUUUAUGAUGGAACUUGGAGCACCAUCCAACGCAGCUUCACCGUUGUCCGGGAUUUUAAAGAUGUUUGCUUUCACUCAUACUUCUCACUUAUGGAUGAGCUUAAACAAAGCUGCCCGGAUCGCAAACAUUAUGAAAUAAGGCUACUUCAACUUCCAGGGGCUUUGGUAGUUUCAGUUCUCGGGGUUCUUGUUGAUUUCCCGGUGAUCUCACUUGUAGCCAUAUGCAAAAGCCCUUACAUGCUGUUCAAAGGAUGGCACCGUUUGUUUCACGAUCUAAUUGGACGGGAAGGUCCAUUCUUGGAGACAAUGUGUGUCCCCAUUGCAGGCCUCGCCAUCUUACUCUGGCCUUUGGCUGUCACGGGCGCGGUUAUUGGAUCAGUUGUCUCUAGUAUCUUCCUUGGUGCUUAUGCAGGAGUAGUCUCAUAUCAGGAAUCAUCGUUUUACUAUGGACUCUGCUUCAUAGUUGCAUCUGUGUCCAUUUACGACGAGUAUAGCACCGAUAUACUUGACUUGCCUGAAGGAUCUUGUUUUCCAAGGCCGAAAUAUCGAAGAGAGGAAGAGGAACCAACACCUUUUUCUGGUCCUAUACCAAGAUUAGGCUCUGUCAAGAACGCGUCAUCGAUGAGAGCAGGAUCAGUCAGAGUCCCUAUGAUUGAUAUUAAGCCUCUAGAUCUGUUGAAUGAGCUCUUUGUGGAAUGUAGAAGAUUUGGAGAAAUUUUGGCGACAAAAGGACUGAUAAAUUCGAAAGAUAUCGAAGAAGCGAGAUCUAGUAAAGGCAGCCAAGUGAUCAGCGUCGGUUUACCGGCUUAUGGACUUCUUCAUGAGAUUCUGCGCUCCGUCAAAGCCAAUUCUUCCGGCUUGUUACUAAGUGACGGUGUAACUGAAAUAACUGUCAUGAACCGACCAAAAGACGUCUUCUUUGAUUGGUUUCUGCAUCCGUUUUUGAUACUAAAGGAGCAAAUGAAAGCUACAAACUUGUCCGAGGAAGAAGAAGAGUACCUCGGAAGAUUAGUCUUGCUAUUUGGAGAUCCAGAGAGGCUAAAGAGUUCGAAUGCCAUUUCCGCAUCUCCUCCUCUCACCGAGCGUAAAAGAGCCGAACUCGAUGCCUUUGCUCGCAGGAUGCAAGGGCUAACGAAAACGGUUUCAAGAUAUCCAACAUUUCGUAGACAUUUUGUGGCAUUAGUGAAGAAACUAUCGGAGGAUUUGGACCUAAAAGACGACUAUUCGGUUAAGGGCGAAUCUAUAACAGAACCGCCAGCUCCGGUUAAGAUCAUUUCGCGGAUAUUCAGUCAGAGAUCGUUCAGAAGAAAAGGAAGUGUCAAUGGAUCCGAUCAAGAAUCGCAAAAGGGUGUCUCACGGAAUGUAGAUAUCGUUUAAACAUGGGACGUGUGGUGUGGAUAUUUGAAACUUAAAAAGCCUUUGGUUCUUUGCUCCAUAAACUUGUCAUUCCUUG